AUUACCAAAGGAAAUGUAUUUAGUUUAGCAGGUUCAAAGUAUUUCACAUGGCUCUUCUUAGUACUAAUGUAGGCUAUAGGUUCAAAGGCAUGCGUUUUAAAUGCAGCUAGCCUGCGCGUAGGGUUUUGUGUGCGAUAUCAAGACGACAUCUUUCACUUUUUGAUUCGAGUGGUUUGUGUGCCCGCUUCGGCGAGGGGGUGCUUUUCCAGGUGGGGGUGCAUCUGAGGAAAUAACACCUUGUUCAGCUCUUCCGGCUGUUGCUCAGCAACCAAACACGUGUAAGGUGUUGACAAACAGAAAGGGAAGUUGCGGGUUGUCUAUUAUUUGUUUGAAAAAAUGGAUGAAGAUGUAGAAGACGACGAGGAACUUAUCAACAGCCUUAAAAAAUAUAUGCAACAUCAAAGAUUGGUUGACUGGCCUGUGACUUUUGAGGAAAACAUUGAAUUAUCAAGCUUCAUUAGUUACAGUUCAUCAAAGGAUAUAUAUAUAUUUUUAAAAGAGAAUGUGCCUUUCCCAGAUAAUAUUAAUACUUCAUUUUCCAAUGACAUUGAAGAGCUUUGGUCAAAAAUCAAACAGCAUGAGUUCAUAAUGUCACAAGCACAAAGGAAAGAGGCCAAACUGUUGGUUAACAGCAACAAGUAUAAUGAAUAUGUUGAAAGAGCACGUAAAACCCUGAACGAAAAGAGUAAGAAAGUGUCACGAAGUCUGGACAUUAGGGACUAUGACUAUCCAGGGUUUGAUGAAGUAGAAGGCACUGGUAUCCCUGGCAACCCUGAUGCCCUUCAACAUUUGGACUUUGUCUCAGAAGCCCAAGGCUUUAAUCCAGGCUUCCUCAAGAUCUGGAGGCCAUUCUUUUUAUCGGGCCUCUCUGUGGCAGUGCUCAGAGACACCUUCUGGUGGUUCUUUCUUCAUCGGUUUAAGCCCAGUGCUGAGGAGGAGAACAAACUGUUUGACCGCAUUGCGAAGGCUUUCGUCUCUCUUUUCAUAACAGUCCAGAGAGACCUGAAGGAUAAGUUAUUUAUGGUGUAUGCAGACUGCUUGGCCCAGGCAGUUUACACAGCAUUUUAUGGAGCUUUUCCGGAGUCAAUGCAACAACUAAAUAGUGAUUUCAAGAGACACCUGGCAGACUGUAUCUCUUUAUGGGUAUCAGGUGUGAAGCCCAACCUGUUGUCAUGGCAAAACUGGAACUUGGACUGGCUAAGUUCACAAGGAACUGGAGAGAUCAAGGGCGAGUCUACAUGGGAUCUGCAGGAGGUGUUUGACGAGGUUGUGUCGAACAUCAGGAAACUGAACGUGGCCACACCCCUCCCCUCCUCCGCCAGGGGAGGCAGAAUGGCCACACCCCUCCCCUCCUCUGCCAGGGGAAGCAUUGUGGAGGAAGUCGACGUCAAGAAGAAAGAGUCCAACUUUGUAGGCCCAGGUCCAGAGUUCCAGCAUGUUCCUUUUAAGCUGUGUGGUCCAAGUCCUCUGAUGCUGCGCUACCUCCAUCUCCACAGCAUCCCCGUGCCCCCGGCCUACGACACACGCAGGAUCCAACGCACCGAGAUCUCGGCCGUUACUCCGUCUCAUCCCACCUACCUGGAGGUGGUGAAGGAGGUGGAGGACAGGAGCCACAGACUCCACCAGGAGUACAAGAUGAACUUCAAGAAGACCAAACGUGAACUAGCUGACAUUCAGAAGGAAAGGACCCUCCACACCCAGGAGGCUAAGCGGUUCAUGAAGGAGGUCCUUAGCAACCCUGUUGAGGUGAAGAUUGCCAGCGAGGGCAUCAUGAGUAAAUGGGACCACCCCCCGUACAAACAGCGUCUGCGGAAGGGGGAGGGGGCUGGAAGGAAGACAGAGGAGGACAGGAACCAGGACCCGACACCCUCUGGUCCAGAGGACAGGAACCAGGACCCGACACCCUCUGGUCCAGAGGACAGCGAGUUGGCUGGCCAGUAGAACCACAGCCUCCAGCAAGCACGCUCUCUCCAGUCCUCUCCAGUAGUGUGUGUCGCUCUCCCAGACACCAUGUCUAUUUCAUCCAAGCAGAAUGAUUCCAAAGCAUGCAUUUUGAUUUGGAUGAAAACUUUUAUCGUUUGUGAGUCGGUGUUGUUAUAUCAAUUACCAUACGAACAGAUUAGCUGGUUCUAAAAUAAUACAAUAAAUAGUUUAAAAAGUGAUUCAUGAGUGCUCUAAUUCUCACACUGAUGCUAAUGAACUCUGCUAAACUGUUGGGCUGGUAGCAUCCUCUCACAGUCCUCCAACUUAAUAUAAGAACAUUUAUCAAAGUCUGGAGCAAAACGAGUAGUUUACGUAGUUUUGUUUUCAGCCUUGAAGACAAAAUUCCAGAGGCAUUUCAAUGUUUAUUUGAGUGUACAAACAAAUCCUCUCUCACAUCUGUUUGUUUGUAUUUACUUUCACAGGAUGAAAUGUGGCUGCAUGUUGGAUAGUGUCUGCGGCAUGUUGUUUGUGCUUGAGUGGAUGUUGUGCGUGGUUUAUACAGUAGACAGGAGUCAGAUGGCUGAGCGGUUAGGGAAUUGGGCUAUUAAUCAGAAGGUUGCCGGUUCAAUUCCUGACCGUGUCAAAUGACGUUGUGUCCUUGGGCAAGGCACUUCACCCUACUUGCUUCGGGGGAAUGUUCCUGUACUUACUGUAAGUCGCUCUGGAUAAGAGCGUCUGCUAAAUGACAAUGUCAAUGUAAGACAGAGAGAAUCUGCACUUCACAACAGUGCUUCUCUCUGAUCCCCAACAUGCCCUCCAUCUAAAUCUCAGUGAGCAACUCCUAGCCUCUCACCCAAGACUGUGCUGUAAUACUGUAUCUCUGUCUCUCUCUCUCUUAUUUCUCUCCCUCUCUCUUCUUCGUCAGUUUUACGUAAGAAACUAAAGUAAUUUCAUCCAUCUCGCCUCCUCUCCUUUACUCAUCUGUUUCCUCCAACAGCAGAGUCAGCUGGAAGCUAGCAGGGUCAGAGGUGAGACUCUCUGAAGUGUUUCAUUAAACCCUUUCACAGCUAGAGACCUGAGAGGGAGAAACCGCUGCUCACAGAGGAACCGAGAUUCCUGCCAGCAGCAGGUGGUAGCAAGAAGAAAUAGUGUGUGUGCGUGUGGGUGACCA